CUGCGUUACGCUGGGAUAAGUUCAUCACCGGGUGAACAUUAUCAGUUCCCGAUUUUAGGUUCGGUUUGCCCGAUAUUUUCCCGAUGUAAACCGAACGAAAUUUCUACUCGGGUACAGACAGCACAGUCUGAUCAGUCGAAAUCUGAGGGUGCCGAAAAAGAAGCAGCUUCUUCAAUGAAAACGACAUCUCCUGAUGCCGUGACCGCACAUGCCACAAGCAUGUCUAAAAGUAUGAACACACUUUUGGCUACCGCAGUUGUAACGGCUGAGACUAACGACGGAUCUCAAAGAUCUUGUCGUAUCUUGUUAGAUUGCGGAUCACAAAUUAAUUUAGUUUCACGAGAUUUUCUCAAUACUUUGCGUUUAACUCCGCACUCUGCAAACCUAUCUAUAUCGGGCAUAAAUGAUACGCCCACGCAUUCUUCCCAAGCGGUACGAAUAAAAUUACGUUCACGUCUCAAUUCAUAUUCCGUAAUAAUUGAUUGCUUCGUGGCAGAUCGCGUAACGGAUAAUGUCCCUGCGCGUAACUUCCGGAAAUCAACGUUUGAUUUAGCGCGAAAUUUCAAACUGGCCGAUCCUAAUUUUCGUAUCUUCUCGCCUAUUGACAUCUUGGUCGGUUCUGCAAUAUUUUGGAACAUCCUAUGCGUAGGUCAAAUCCCGGCCUCGGCUAAGCAUCCGGUCAUGCAAAAGACUAGAUUUGGUUGGGUAGUAGGGGGUGCAGCGAAUAACUCCAGUGAACACGGCCAGAAGGCGUUGUCUUUGCACGCCGCGGUUAGCAAUAUCGAGUUGCAUGACCAGCUCAAAAGAUUCUGGCAGCUAGACGAAUUUCGUAAUAAUAGUACUUACACGCCAGAGGAGCAAUUCUAUGAAAGGCAUUUUUUGGAAACCGUUUCCAGGGAUCAUAAAGGCAGAUAUAUUGUAAAACUACCGCUAAAAGAGGAUUUAGUUGGCCUCCUAGGAUCUUCUAAAGAUAUCGCAUUAAAGCGAUUGCAGGGUUUAGAAAAACGAUUUAAUCGCGAUCCUCUGUUAAGGGAACGUUAUUCUAAAUUUAUAAACGAAUAUAUAGCAUUAGGUCACAGGAAGCCUAUCACAGAGCAUCUGUCAGAUGAAACAAGGGCAUACUAUUUGCCACACCAUUGUGUCUUCAAGGGCACCGCUGAAGGCGAUAAAAUACGCGUCGUAUUUGAUGCCUCGUGCAAAUCGGAUACCGGGUUAUCCUUAAAUGAUAUUAUGAUGACAGGACCGGUCGUACAAGAGGAUCUUAUAUCCAUACUCACGCGUUUUCGGACCUAUAAGUACGUACUUGUGGCGGACAUCAUUAAAAUGUAUCGUCAGAUACGGCUUCAUCCCACUCAAACGCGAUUGCACAGGAUUUUUUGGCGUAAAGACGAUAGGGUGGAGGCUUAUGAGCUAGUCACACUCACGUACGGUACUACCGCCGCGUCCUUUCUCGCCACGAGGUGCAUUAAGCACCAAGCAGAACAGUGUGCUGACGCAUAUCCAAUCGGCUCUCUAUGCGUUGCGCGCGAUCUAUACAUGGACGAUAUGCUCACGGGAGCUGAUACGUACGAAGAUGCGCUGGCAAUACGCGAUCAAACUAUAGAGUUGUUAAAAGAAGGAUCGUUUGAAUUGAGUAAAUGGGGCUCAAAUUGUCUCGAGCUACUAAAGGGUAUGAGCGAGCAGGGCGACAGGCUUAUAUCCAUUAAUAGAGGGCUGCUAGGGCCGAUCAUCGUAGUGGCAAAGAUUAUAUUACAAGAUCUUUGGCAAUCCGGUAUAGAAUGGGACGAGUCGGUACCGCAGGAUACGCACACGAGGUGGCUGCAACUUAAGCUACAAUUAGCAAAUCUCGAGCGAUUACAAAUUCCGCGUUGGGUCAGAGCUCAUACAGACCGCCAACGAAUGGAGGUACACGGUUUCUGCGACGCCAGUCAGCGGGCUUAUGGCGCAUGCAUUUACAUUCGCACUAAAACCGAAAAAGAUAGCUACGAAUCCGUUUUACUUUGUACCAAAUCUCGGGUCGCGCCGCUCAAGGCCUUGUCGUUGCCGCGUCUCGAAUUAUCAGCCGCAUUGCUCCUUGCUCAGUUAAUUCAUAAAAUAAAGGCAUCAAUUGAUUUGAGGGAAAUAAAAACAUGUCUAUGGUCGGACUCAACCAUAGCAUUAAGUUGGAUCGCGUCCCCAUCUCGCAAGUGGUUGCCCUUCGUCGCAAACCGCGUGGGGGAAAUACAAAGAUUAACGGAAAGGGAUCAUCGGCGUCACGUUCGAUCUUCCGAAAAUCCAGCGGAUAUCAUAUCCCGGGGUCUAUUGCCCGACGAGCUAAUAUGUUCAGAAAUUUGGUGGCAUGGUCCCGCCUUCUUACAAUUACCUGAAAAACAGUGGCCUAGUGACGAGGUCGUGUCGCUUCCCGACGAAAGCCCUGAGCAGAGGAAAAUAUGUGCCGUUGCUAGAUUUCGACCGGCGACAGUCACGGUGUCACCUAAGGAAAUGAUCCAUUCAUUGGAUGUAGCAUGCAAGGUCGUUCAAAGGCAAGCAUUCGCAAGCGAGUAUGAUUCGCUCAGCAAAAACCGUGAUAUUAGUAAAAAUAGCAGAAUCUUAUCUCUUUCUCCUUUUAUGGGAGAGAAUGGAUUGAUCAGGGUCGGUGGUAGGUUGAAGAACUCAAACUUAUCAUUCGAUGCCUGUCACCAAGUAGUAUUGCCUUCGAGUCAUGAUUUGACAAAACGUAUAAUUGAGUUAGAACACGUACGUAAUAUGCACUCAGGUCUACAAGCCACUAUGGCCACAGUGAGACAAAGGUUUUGGCCUCUCUCUUUGAGAUCGGUUACAAGGAAGAUUCUCGGCAAUUGCAUCACAUGUUUUAAGGUAAAGCCUAUAAGUUCGGAGGCUAUGAUGGGUUCUCUACCAGCGAGCCGCGUUAACGUAUCGCGACCAUUCACGCACUGCGGAAUCGACUAUGCCGGACCGGUAAUAUUAAGGGAGGGCAAGCGACGUAAUUCGCGCAACCAUAAGGCGUACAUUGCCGUAUUCGUGUGCUUUGCUACGAAGGCGGUGCACUUGGAGAUCGUAAGUGAUCUCACAACCGAUGCUUUUAUCGCGUCUCUCAAACGGCUUAUAUCGCGUAGGGAUAAGCCAAGAUGUAUUUAUUCCGACAAUGCAACUACGUUUGUUGGGGCGCAGAAGCAGAUAAAAGAGUUAUACGAUUGGCUUAAAGCCGAUCAAGCACAGGAUUCCAUAGGGAAUUUCUUACGCGAUAGUCGAACCGAGUGGAGCUUUAUUCCUCCCAACGCGCCGCACUUCGGUGGACUUUGGGAGGCGGCCGUUAAAUCUACUAAGGUGCAUCUGACGCGUAUUGUAGGCGGUGCGCAUUUAACAUUCGAAGAAAUGAACACGGUUUUGUGUGAGAUCGAAGCUAUUUUGAAUUCGCGCCCUCUCGUACCGUUAAGUUCGGACCCGAAUGACAUGAAUUACCUAAGUCCCGGACAUUUUCUGAUCGGUGAGCCACUUAAUAGUUUUCCUACCACUGACUUAAGCGACAUAAAUGUAAAUACACUCAGUCGAAAAAAAAGCGUUCUAGUGCCCUCCCUAAUACUUCCUUCGCCGUUUUUUUAA